AUGCUCAAAGGAAAAAGAGAUGGGGAAACAGUGGAGAUAGGUUUGAACCAGUUAGGUAAACAAACUUAUCAGAGACAAAUGAUUAAAUCAUCCAGCUCAUUUCGUCAAUUGGAUAUGAUAUUUAAUUUACUAGGAUCACCUCAUGCAAUGGAACUAAUUGACUUAGUUGGUUUUCCUUCAUCUAGCAUAGAUUUUAUUCGUAAUUGUCCUGUACGACCGUUUAAUCAUGCUGCUGUUUCAAGAAUACUCGUUCCGGCUAAUACUCAAUAUUUUCAGUCACCUACAGAAAAUCCACCUGAUCUUGAUUUAGUUAAUUUGUUUACAGGACUUCUAAGUUUUAGUUCAGUAAGUGGAGCAUUUAACGUUUAUUAUUUAUGGGAUACUGGCAUCUUCUCUAUCAAGGAUACAGAUAAGGAUGUUGCUCUUUUUGUGAACCGUCUCCUUUCCUCUUUCUUUUGA